CAGUAGAGGCCGGGCCGCGACCAAGGAGCAACGCUUUGUGUGUUGGACUGGAAAAAGGGAACCUCUCUGGUGGACUCGCGGGGCUCGCCGUCUCCCGUACACACCCGUCGAGACACUUGUGCCGCGCCGCGCCGCCCGUGUAUUUUCCGAUGUUUCGUUUCGCGCGUCCUUGUUCCGUCUAGCGCCGACGAUUACGGGGAAGAGUGUUUUCGACAACACGCGCACGAGAGUCCGCGAUCGAUACUCGAUCACCGUGCCGACGGCACUCGGUACGCGGGAUUCGGGUGACUAGUGUUUACCGACCGACCGCGGCCGGCGCGUCGAUUUUCGUGCGAAAUCGGUAUCGUUCGUCGAUCCUCGUCCCUCGGAGGACGAGCCCCGCAAGAAGACACGCCGCGCGCGGUUCUCGGCCAGCGUUCAACAAUCGUUGCCGAGUAUUUGUCACCGGUGGUCGGUGUUCCCGUGGAUCGGGGCCCGUCCGGCAUUAGUGAUAUCCGAUCGAUACGGCCGAAUCCAGUGAAUAAAGUGUUGCCGAAAGUGUCGUCUGUGGUUAAGAAAUCCGUGCGGCUUUCCUCUCGGCCCUCUGUGUCGUCGUUCUCGCUCCUUUCGUCUUGCAUUCCCUUCGAUCGUCCUGUCCCUUUCUUCGCUCGGCGAUCCACUCUCUUUCUCCGCGUCUCUUUCUCUCUCGCUCUAUCUCUCUCUCGCUCGCUCGCUCGCUCGCUCACUCGCUCUCUCACUUCGAUCUUGCUCUCUGUUGCUCUCCCGUUCUUUGCUCCGCUCCUCGGUCGACCGGUCUCUCAAAGGGGGCGUGCUUGGCCACAUUCAACAAUGAGCGAACGCAAAACUAUCUAAGCACGAGGCGCGAACGAAUGGUCCCUGUGUUUUCUGCCUGUGUGUGGCCCGGUCCGAGUGUGUUUACGCCGCGAAGCACGACCUUUUUCCGAUAUUCGAAUGGAUUUACAACGGCUGGCGACAUAAUCACCAUCGUGGCAUCGUGCGCUCUCGACCACAACGCGAGAACUACCAAGAUGCUGGAGGAACAAUGAGAAAGAAGUGCAUCAUUGACUAGAAAAAGAACAAUGCAUCAUGGCCUCGUCUCUGGGAGGACCAGGAAUGGCGUCGGGUGUCACGACACCGCGAAGAGUCAACCUGGAGUUUCCACCACCUCCACCAUAUCCACCUCCUCACAGUCAGAUGCCCUGCGCGGCUCUGGUGGAUCCUACAGUCGCUUCGACUAUGACGAGCUCUUCUCACCAGCAUCCCCUUCAGGAUUAUUCGUACGCUUACUACAACCCUGGGCCAAGCAGGCUGCAUGGAACAUGUCCGGCGGAAGUGGGCCUGAGCCGUAUCCAGCCUCAACAGCAACAACCCUUAUGUCCGGAAACGUUCAAAAGGCACACCUACAUGACCCGCUACGGGACGGAAGAGAAUAUCUACGAGGAGAUCUCGGAGAUCAACAGACAAUGUCACCGAGCGUUACACGGCUCGCGGAGGUCCCUGGUGGCGGAGGAGGUUCGACGAGUCCAGUCACGGCAUCGCCGAGUGCUCGGGGAAUUGAACCUGAGCGUGGAGGCGAUGCUGAUGCCAACUGUGGUCGAUAACAACGACGAAGACGAGCCCCAGGAUCAACGGGAAGCGUCCACCGAGGAGCUGUUAUCUUCGGUCAGUCCCACCGACGACCUCCUUUCGCCUGUUGGCUGUGACAUGGACAGUGGCUUCAGUGGAAGCUCCAGUGCAAGUUACAGGUCGGGACUGGGCUCCUUGAGGCGAGGAAUGGGCAAAACCAGCACGCCUGAAUUAGCCGGCGGUCAGCGUAAAACGAAGGCCGCCAUGAUCUGGAAAAAGGGUUGGAAAGGCUGGAAAAAACUGCAUUCUUUCGGCAGCAACAGUAACAAGACUGGUGAGUCACUUGUGAAUCAUUCUCUCUUGGAAUUCAUAGCGGCGCUUCAGGGUCCCUCAACUAUCAAUGAGAGAGUCCGCGGCGAAAUCGUUGGCCUGCUGGGACUACGUUGAUUUUUAUACUUGACUUCAUUCAAUCACGGGUAGUUACUAUAUCAUUCAUGACUUUUCUUAACAAUCGUUGAACUUUUUCGAUGAGAUUUUCGUUUGAUAUAACCGAUACUCUGAUUUUAAUUGAUCAUUUUGUAAUUAUCCAACGAAGGAAAAAAUUGUUUACACCGACUGGAAAGUUCGUUACGGCGAACAUAAAAUAAUAAAACAACCCGUAUUUAUGCAGAUA